AUGCCCCGGCCGUCGCCUUUAAACUUCAGUUCUGCACGAUACAAUGGCGACAAUGAAUACAAUUCGCUGACGCCGCGCACGCCGCACUCGAGGACAGCCCGGGCGGAAGGGGGGUUUGCCAAGCUCGACAUAUCUGACGCGAACGACGACUUCGACGAUUCUCAGGUCGCCUACGCUCAACACCAAUCAGCACCGCUGUUGCAUUCAUCGACGAGCCCACGGUUCUCAGCCGGGAUCCACCAUGACGGCCCUAGGUCCAGCAAGACGGAGAAAAGCUCGCAAAGAGAGCCGUUUACACCGCUACAACGCGUUCUGCUCGUUUUCGGCGUCUUCGUUGGAGGAAUAAUACUGUUCAUGCUUGUCCUUUCAUGGACCAAUUCAGCAGCGCUUCACAGGUACAUUGGACUGGAUCCCAAUGCAUUUGUGGAUCUGCGGCCAGGAGCAAGACUCUCCGACUCAUACAAUGCACGCGACCUACCUACACCAAACGAUUUCUUGGAGCAAUGCAAUAAGCUUCAUUCAGGCUUCGUCUCGCAUGGCGCAUAUUGGGACACUAUGGGCCAUGGUGGUCAUGACAUGAACGAGUCGACCAUGCACCAUUCCGAACCAGCACCCGAAGGAACCUGCUCCAGUUCCAUAACAUAUAUGUUGGACGGAAGAGUGGGACUCGCAGCGGAUCUCGCUCUCAUGGCGCAGGCAGCGGCGUUGGCACGAGAGCGUAACCGGACGUUCUUCGUGGACGACACCUACUGGAAUAGGGGGAAAUGGAUUGAUCACUUUCAGGACGUUCGUGUAGGUCAACCGGGUCCUGAGCCUGGCUGCAAGCGACCCCCAGCAAAGGAACUUGUUGCAUGUCCACGAACAUCGAAACAUUGGAUCAUCAACUCCAGGACAGCAAAAUUCCACUUUGGCCACGAUUACAAGGACCACUAUGAAAAUGCCUUCGGUCACGAUCUGAACCGUCAGAAGCCCAUUUUCGAUUUCGCUCACGAAUCCUUCUCGAGGACGAUCCGACCGAAUGCCAAAAUGCGGAAACUUAUUAAUCUAGCAAAGCAAGAAUUGGUCCAAGUGUCUGCACCCCACAGCGACCCACCGAUUCGCGACUCUCAUACACCUAGGGAUAACAUCUACCUUGCAGUCCAUGUCCGACGCGGCGACAGGUAUCCUACUGGGUUCCAAUACCACCGAAAUCCUAUCCCUAUUAAGGUCUUCGCAGACGCUAUACCAGAGACUUGGGAUAGGCUUCACAAGCACGACGAUGUGCCCGACCAGCCUCUCGUGUAUAUCGCGUCGGACUCUCCAGAUGCAGUCAACGAAUUAGCACUUUCAUACUCUGGACCUUCCUUCACCCUUGAGAGAAGCACUCAUGCGGAACUCAAGAGCAUCGCCAGCGAUUAUGCCUAUCGCCAGAAGGAAUUCGAUACCCUGCCAGCGGAGAAGCGCAUUUCGCUGACCAAGGGAGCCAUUGUGGAUUUGGCUCUGAUCACUGGACUUUGGAGGGGAGAGCGCGACCAGGUUCGGCUAGAUGCUACGAUUUGUGCAGUAAGCUCAAACUUCUGUCGGUUAGCGGCCGUUGGGCUGGGCUGGGAGAGUGCCUUUGGGAAAGUCAAUGACCUUGGCGACAUCGACAACGUCAAUAAGCAUUGGGUUGAUAUCGAUGCGAAGGGUGCAAUAAUUCCUGUAUGGGAGCCAUACGAGUUGUUCUAG